UCCAUUUGCUAUUAAAGGCAGCUGAUAAGAGACGAACAUAUGAGUGAAAUACCAAAGACAAAGAUUUUGCUUUUUUUGCUACAUUCUUUUAAGUAAAUUAUGAAACAGAGGAGUUUGUUUUCAAUCCUCUGUUUUGUCUUCGUAACCUUUGUCGUUACUUCGGUUUCAGCACAAGACGUAUGUAUGGACAACGGGCAUUUCAGGCCAAACGAUACUUACGUCUCAAACCGCCGUCUCAUCCUCUCUUCACUUCCUUCCAACGUCACGUCUCAAGAUGGCCUCUUCUUCAACGGUGCAAUCGGACAACAACCCAACCGUGUAGACGCAACAGGGAUGUGCAUCCCAGGAUCAGCUCCACAGGACUGUUCCGACUGUAUCAAGAUCGCGUCUGAUGGUUUGAUACAGAGCUGUCCUAACCAAACAAACGCGUUUACGUGGCUAGGUGAUCCCACGCUUUGCCUUGUCCGCUACUCCGACACUUCUUCCUUAGGAUCUGAUGAUCUAACUCCGCGUCGUAUGGUCACAAACGGUGAAGAUAUAGCCUCGAAUAUAACAGAGUUCAAGAAAACAUGGGAAGACUUGAUUGCUCGUAUGAUUGAUGUUGCCUCCACUGGAAAAAACACACCGUUCUCUAGUAAUAACCAUUACACAGCUAAUAUUGCAGCCUUGACAAGUUCUCUGAGUAUGUAUGCUUUGAUGCAAUGCACGCCGGAUGUUUCUUCUCGUGAUUGUAAGAUCUGUCUGAGACAGAGCGCAAAUGACUUCCACUCAUGCUGUCUUCAGAAGCGAGGAACUCGUAUUUUGAGGCCAGUCUGCUUUUUCCGGUGGGAGUUGUAUUCAUACUCUACGGCUUCUUUUGUUAAUUUUACGGUGGCUUCUUCUUCUUCUUCUUCUUCUCCAGCUCUUGCUCCUCUUCCUCCUGUGGCUGUGCCACAACCUGAUCAUGACAACACCAUUGAUACUGCAGAUAGGAAAAGAAACUCAUCUAAAGUUGUUGCGGACAUCACGGUUCCAAUUGUUGUUACCGUCUUUAUACUUCUUGUUCUUGGAGUUUUUCUUUGUUGGAGAAGAAAGUCAAUGCAAAGAACUCAAGUUGAAUCUGAUAGUGAUAUUUCAACUCCACAUUCAUCGCAAUACGACUUAAAGACAAUUGAAGCUGCAACAAACAAGUUUUCGAGUAGUAAUAAGCUCGGUGAAGGUGGAUUUGGCGAAGUUUAUAAGGGUACGCUUUCAGAUGGAACAGAAGUGGCUGUGAAGCGACUGUCGGAAAAGUCAGGACAAGGGAUAAGAGAGUUCAAGAACGAGGCUGUUCUUGUCUCAAAACUUCAACACAGGAAUCUUGUCAGACUUCUUGGAUUCUGUUUGGAAGGAGAGGAGAAGAUUCUGAUCUAUGAGUUUGUCCCCAACAAAAGCCUUGACUAUUCCCUAUUCGACCCUGACAGGCAAAGUCACCUAGACUGGAUUCAGAGGUACAAAAUCAUCGAAGGGAUUGCUCGAGGAAUUCUUUAUCUUCAUCAAGAUUCACAGCUCACAAUCAUACACCGUGAUCUCAAAGCCAGCAACAUUCUCUUAGAUGCUGAUAUGAACCCCAAAAUUUCAGAUUUUGGGUUGUCCACAAUCUUUGAAAUGGACCAAACUCAAGGCAAUACCAGCAAAAUUGCUGGAACCUACGCUUACAUGUCUCCUGAGUAUGCAAUGCAAGGCCAGUUCUCCAUGAAAUCUGACAUUUAUAGUUUUGGAGUCUUAGUUCUCGAGAUUAUAAGCGGAAAAAAGAACAGCGGCCUCUACCAGAUGGAUGAAACUACUACUGCUGGAAACUUGGUCAACAAUGCUUGGAGGCUUUGGAGAAAUGUGUCACCACUAGAGCUGGUGGAUCCGGCCAUUGGAAGGAAUUAUCAGAGUAAUGAAGUCACUAGAUGCAUCCAUAUUGCACUCUUAUGUGUUCAAGAUAAUCCAGAUGACCGUCCAAUGUUAUCAACUAUCAUUUUGAUGCUCAUUAGUAACACAAUGACUAUACCACUGCCUCGCUUUCCGAGUUCUUUCAUGUAUAGCAGGAACAAACUAGAUCAGGUAUCUGAAGGAUACGAUUCAAGUCAAUUCACAGGACAAAGAUCUGUUGGUUAUUCUGGUAGUGACGUGACAAUUUCUGAUUUAGAGCCUCGUUGAACAGAGGAAAUAUUCUUUGUGAUGCGAAUCUGAGUUAUGAUUCUAUUAUAUUUUCUUAUUUUGUGUGAUUUUAAAUUGUGGUAAUGUUUGUCAUCUUCCUAUCUUGCAUUCUGGUCUAAUGGCAUUCUUAGGAUAUUGAUUUUCGGAUAUAAUUUUUACUAUUAAGUAGACUUUGAUGUGUUGAGGAUU